AAAUUAGCAAGUAGAGGGGAUGCAGGAGGAAUCCCAGAUGCCUUUAAAGUGCGAAUGUUUUUAAAUGGAUUGAACAAAGAGCUAGCAACCUUAGUAGCUAUUCAAAAUCCUAAUACAUUAGAUGCUGCAAUCACUAAAGCGAAAACUGUUGAAGCAGGAUGA